GGAGAGGACCAGACACUGGAGAGGCGAUAUGGCAGGAACCAGCCUCGGAGCCCGCUUCUACCGGCAGAUCAAGAGACAUCCCGGGCUCAUCCCGAUGAUCGGCUUCAUUGGCCUGGGCAUGGGCAGCGCUAUGCUCUACUUGCUGCGACUCGCCCUGCGCAGCCCCGACGUCUGCUGGGACCGAAAGAACAACCCCGAGCCCUGGAACCGCCUGAGCCCCAAUGACCAAUACAAGUUCCUUGCAGUUUCCACUGACUAUAAGAAACUGAAGAAAGACCGGCCAGACUUCUAAGCCUGGUUGCAGAGCACGUCGAUGUAAACCACCACCAGCCAGCCUACUCAUUUCUUCCACUCUCCACCGUCAACCCCAGGGCACCACUCUAGCCACCCUGUCCAGCUCCUGCUUACACAGGCCAGUUCCCACGAGGAGGCAGGCAGCUCCACCCCCACCCUCUUCCUUUGCUCCCAGCAGCGGAAGCACCUCUGACCCUCAGCUUCAGUCCCACGAUGGGGGAGGGGGAGGGGGAGGGGGAGUUAGGUGGGCAGGCAGUAGCCUGGGCAACCCAAAAGGCCAUGCCAGUCCCCCUGCCCCGCGGGCCUCACAGGGCGUGGUGCACACUACGUGUGGAGCGUGGCCUACGUGAGAGCCAAGACCAAGCAGAGGCCUGAGUGCCAAGUGACGUGGCGGGCCCCACGUUAGCCCAGGCUCUGGGCACCAGCCCAGGGGCGGUGCUUUGGCUCGACUGGGCUCGGCCAGGCUCGUCACUGACAGCCCAGCCAGCUUGGGAUGAGGCACCUACACCCAAGGAGGUGAAGCUUGCUCCUCCCAGUGCCCAAGCCCCCUGCUUCCCGUGCCAAUGGGCACCCCCUCCCACCUCACACCUGGGCCUCCCCCUGCCUUCCCCACCCCUCCCCUGCUCCUCUCCGUCCCCUGGGAUCAAACAGAAGCAGCCGUGGGCAAAAUACAAUUUCAUUUAACAAAUUGAA